AUUUGCGGGGGCCUGCCUAUAGGGUGUUCGUGUAAGGUAGGAGAACCGCUGCGCCACGCUACUCACUCAAUGCGUGACCUUGUCUCUUGCCAGGCUGUCCAAACGAUAGGGUGGGAGAAGUGGUGUCGAGUCUGGCGUUGAUGCCCCAGGUUAUCAAGCGGCAUUCUGUUGUGGCUGAGCACUUCAACAAACCGGAAGCCAGCGAAUCACGCCGCGUGUGGCUGUACAGCGUGGCUUGACAGUUCCCUCUCAUCGAGGCAGGCUCACCGGCAGGCACUCUGCAAUGUGCUCCGCCCUUGGAUGAUUCCAAGUAUAUACAUGCUAGCUGCGAACGCGAGAGGCGAAGAGUAAGUACACGUCGUCUCUUCUUACGUCUUCGGACCGCCCGUCUCGCUUAGCAAUGGCGAUCCAGCAGCGCAACAAGCAAACGAGCAUUAUCCUCACCUUUAGAAUCCUCCAAUUUGUCAAACAGCUUCGUCGUCGUGUCAAGCCGCGUGUGCAGCAUGGCUCAAUCGAUGCGAGUCCUCUUGGCAUCAGCCUUGCGCCGAGCCUCCGAAGUGUCGCCCACAAUCUAUCACGGAUCAGCGUCCAGGAUGCGAAGCAGUCGCGUCGCGUCGCCAAUCGCAUCUGCAAGAGUCAGAAGGGUGCGACGUUCACUCGAUCGUCGCGCAACCUGCAGACGCCGGCUUCGGUUGCUCCCGCAAGUCGAAACCUAGGGAAUGAGGUGCAACAUAUGCUUCGCUACGUCGACGGCAAACUCCAUGUAGCGGGAAACGCGUUCUCGUCUAUCGCGGACAGCGACAGGCUCUUUCUCAAACACGACAACGCGUCGAUCUUGGAGGCUCGUUCCAUGAACGAAACUAUCCAGCUCCUCGUGGCAGUACACGAAGCGAUCAACGUGCUUGCGGAGUGUCGCCGGAAGUUUGGUGACGACUGGCUCUUGGCGCAAGGGCUUGACCUCGGUCUGAUCCUUGACGAGAACUUCAUUGCCAACUAUGAACAUCUAUUGCUGCGGCUACAGACAGACCUAAUUGAGUCCUUGGCACGCAAGGCCCUGGAGGAGUUGCUCUGCGGCGAUCACGACAAGAGGCAGCGCAAACUCCUGGCCUGGUUUACAGAGUUCGCCGAGAAGCCACAAGCUCUCAGCACCUUCCCAUGGACUAUCAAACCGUCGCUAGCCGUUCUGUGGGGAGUUUGCUGGAUGUUUUACGAGGGAACUGGCAAAGACCGCGUGCCGUACAACACUGUGCUACACAACCUCAAUCUUUCGUGGGAUACCGAUGCAUCGUCAGACUACCUUAGCUUUGGCCAAGAGCUGAUUGGCGAGCAGCCGCAGCAUGCGACGCCUGCGACAAACGUCCAUGUGGACCAUGCUUUAUUCCAGGCGCGAAACACGGAAACCUGGGAGCCCGAUCUGAGUUUGAAUGGUCUUGCGGACAGGCUGCCAGUUCCAGUCUUGCGGGUUAGUCAGGUUGGAGAUGGAGCGGACCCAGAGCCGCGACCAGAUACUUAUUAUGCCGCUGCCGCCCAAACCUACCAGGCAGUUCCGCCCGUUAAUUUUUAUUCGCCUCAAGAUCAAGGCAUUGCUGCGCCACCUCUAACGGCCUUUCCGCAUCUGGGCUCCGACCACGAAAUUCCUUGGCAAUCAUAUACGUUGCCACCUCAAGACAGUCCGCGUCAUCUGAUCACUUCUACUCAAGAUCCGAGAGUUAGAGUCACCGGAGCGGCGGGAAGCGAUCUCUUUGCUCAGCCACAAACUGCCUUCGCGUCUCCCGGUAUAUAUCAACCAAGCCGCCAGCCUCAGGCCCAGCAACACAAUUACAACCCUCAAUAUUUCAACCUUGGAUUUCCAGACAUCAUGACUGAGCUUUCGCCAAACCCUACUUCCAUGCAAGUGCCGCACGAGCACAAGCGGAACAUUUCCAUCAGCUCGCUCACCGAUAUGCCUACCCCGGUCAGCAUGAGCGCUCGAUCACCCAUGACCUCCCCGACUGCUGGCGAACGACAAAUCAUUGUUACGAGCCCACCCCGAAGCCACAGCAGGGGACUUUCUGUAGACUCUUCGCAAGACGGCGAUGACGACGGAUCACUACGGAAGAACCACAGCUAUAAACGCGCCGAAGAACCACCGCGCAACGAAGACGGCAAGAUGGUGUGCAAGUAUCAAGAAUGCCGUGGUACAUCUUUCGACCGAAAGUGCGAAUGGAGCAAACACAUGGACAAGCAUGACAGGCCUUACAAGUGCAAUGUCAAGGGCUGUGAAAAGCUCCAAGGUUUCACUUACAGCGGUGGCCUUCUUCGCCAUGAACGCGAAGUUCACAAGAUGCACGGCGGCACCAAGAAGUCACUCUUCUGCCCCUUCCACGACUGUAAACGUAGCUCAGGCGCCGGCUUCACGCGGAAGGAGAACCUCGCUGAGCAUGUCCGCCGCGUCCACCGCAGAACAUCAAUGUCGGCAGAUAUGCAUGGCUUGAUCAUUCGCCGCGACAUGGUCAGGCGCGAGAUGGAGGGGGGUUCUCCCAUUCCUGAGUCACGCACCUCGGAGUCACCUUACAACCGCACCAUGGACUACCGCGAGGAAGAUGAGAUGAGCCUGAAGCGCAAGCGACUUGGCUCUGACUCUGGCCUCUCGGACCGUGGCAACGAUGAGAUGCGCUCUGAGAUCAAGCGUCUUCGACAGGAGAACGAAGAGAAGGACUCGAGGUUACGGCAACUCGAGCAGGCAGUCAUGGCUCUUCAACAGAGUCAUAGGUGAUGACGAUAUCUCUGCGUUGCUGUCACUCGAUGCAUUUCCCCGGCGUUCUUUCGCUUAGCCUCAUUCUCUGUUCCAUAACUUCACUGUC